AAUGAGACUGUAGAGGGAGAAAAAAAAGAGAGGAUUUUUAGCCAUUGAAUCGUUCUUUAAUCAGAUCUCUCUCUCUCUCUCUCUCUCUCUAAAAAAAAAACAUUAUUUUUACGAAGUAUAAGAAUAAGUGAAAGAGAAGGAAUUGAUAGCUGAAUGGAAAGAUAGAAACUCCAAAAUUCUGGUCCUGUAUUGAAGAAAGUAAAUAAAGUUUCAGCUUUUAUGUUCAUCUAUCUUGAUAUUUCUUCAAUUAUUUGAAGAAUUGUUUUCUUUGGCAUUGAAUUUCAAUGGGGAGAGGAGGGGAAGACUAUGGGAAGAGAGAAAAUGCCAUUGCUGCCUCUUCCGAGCAGGAGACUUUUCCUGCUUGGGCAAGAGAUGUGAAACAAUGCGAAGAGAAGUACCAAGUGAAUCGAGAAUUAGGAUUAUCAAGUGCUGAAGUUGAAAAAAGGAGGCAGAUUUAUGGAUGGAACGAGUUAGAAAAACAUGAGGGCACAUCAAUAUUUAAACUGAUUUUGGAGCAAUUUAAUGACACAUUAGUUAGGAUAUUAUUGGUUGCUGCAAUUAUAUCAUUUGUUUUAGCGUGGUAUGAUGGUGAAGAAGGAGGGGAGAAGGAGAUAACAGCUUUUGUGGAGCCGCUUGUUAUUUUCUUGAUCUUGAUAGUGAACGCCAUUGUUGGAAUAUGGCAAGAAAGUAAUGCGGAAAAAGCAUUAGAGGCUUUGAAGGAAAUUCAAUCAGAGCAUGCAGAUGUAGUUCGAGAUGGCAAGAAGUUGUCAAAUUUACCUGCAAAGGGACUUGUCCCAGGUGAUAUUGUGGAGUUGAGAGUUGGUGAUAAGGUACCUGCAGAUAUGCGGGUUUUGAGUUUGAUAAGCUCAACUGUAAGAGUUGAACAGGGGUCAUUGACUGGAGAGAGUGAAGCUGUGAGCAAGACUGUUAAAGUUGUUCCUGCGAAUUCAGAUAUUCAAGGGAAGAAAUGUAUGGUUUUUGCUGGAACAACUAUGGUCAAUGGAAACUGUAUUUGCUUGGUCACCCAGAUUGGCAUGAAUACAGAGAUUGGGAAGGUGCAUUCACAGAUUCAUGAAGCAUCACAGAACGAGGAAGAUUCCCCAUUAAAGAAGAAGUUGAAUGAGUUUGGAGAGGUUCUGACAAUGAUAAUUGGAGUGAUUUGUGCAUUGGUUUGGCUUAUUAAUGUGAAAUACUUUCUUUCUUGGGAAUAUGUUGAUGGAUGGCCAAGAAACUUUAAGUUCUCAUUUGAGAAGUGCACAUAUUACUUUGAAAUUGCUGUGGCAUUGGCUGUCGCUGCCAUUCCAGAAGGUUUACCAGCAGUUAUUACAACAUGUUUGGCACUGGGAACCCGGAAGAUGGCUCAAAAAAAUGCACUUGUCCGGAAGCUGCCUAGUGUUGAGACUCUUGGUUGCACAACUGUUAUCUGUUCUGAUAAGACAGGAACUUUGACUACCAAUCAGAUGGCUGUUUCAAAGCUUGUUGCUAUAGGUUCAAGGCCUGGCACUCUGCGAUCUUUUGAUGUGGAUGGGACUACAUAUGAUCCUUUUGAUGGGAAAAUACGAGGCCGGCCUGUUGAUCGAAUGGAUGCCAAUCUUGAAAUGAUUGCAAAGAUUUCUGCUGUUUGCAAUGACGCUGGUGUUGAGCAAUCUGGGAAUCAUUAUGUUGCAUCUGGAAUGCCUACAGAAGCAGCACUAAAGGUUCUGGUUGAGAAAAUGGGAUUUCCUGAAGAGUAUGGUUCCUCUUCAGGUCAUGGGUCUCCUCAACGCUGUUGUCAACUGUGGAACAAAUUGGAGCUAAGAAUUGCAACACUUGAGUUUGACCGUGAUCGAAAGUCCAUGGGAGUUAUUGUGAAUUCUAGCUCAGGACGAAAGUCGUUGCUAGUAAAGGGUGCUGUAGAGAAUUUGUUGGAGAGGAGCUCUUUUAUUCAGCUACUUGAUGGCUCUGUCGUAGAACUAGAUCAAUAUUCAAGGGAUCUUAUUUUACAUAGUCUCCAUGAAAUGUCAACAGAUGCAUUACGUUGCCUUGGUUUCGCGUAUAAGGAAGAGCUUUUUGAGUUUGCAACAUAUAAUGGUGAUGAAGAUCAUCCAGCUCAUCAGCUUUUGCUUAAUCCAUCCAAUUAUUCUUCAAUUGAGAGCAAACUUAUAUUUGCUGGUUUAGUUGGGCUAAGAGAUCCUCCUCGGAAAGAGGUUCGACAAGCAAUUGAGGACUGCAAAGCUGCUGGGAUUCGUGUUAUGGUGAUUACAGGAGACAACAAGAGCACAGCAGAAGCUAUUUGUCGCGAAAUCGGUGUAUUUGGGUCUCAUGAAGAUAUCAGUUCAAGAAGCUUAACUGGAAAGGAGUUUGUGGAUCAUCCUGAUCAGAAAAAUCACCUGAGACAGAGUGGAGGUCUCUUAUUUUCUCGGGCUGAGCCAAGGCACAAGCAAGAAAUAGUGAGAUUGCUGAAGGAGGAUGGUGAAGUGGUUGCAAUGACUGGGGAUGGAGUUAACGAUGCUCCUGCCUUGAAGUUGGCCGAUAUUGGAGUAGCAAUGGGUAUUGCAGGGACAGAGGUUGCAAAGGAAGCCUCUGACAUGGUGCUAGCAGAUGAUAACUUCAGCACUAUAGUUGCUGCAGUUGGUGAGGGCAGAUCCAUUUACAACAAUAUGAAGGCUUUUAUAAGGUACAUGAUCUCCUCCAAUAUUGGUGAGGUUGCUUCUAUAUUUUUGACAGCUGCUUUGGGUAUUCCAGAAGGCAUGAUCCCUGUUCAGCUUCUCUGGGUUAAUCUUGUUACUGAUGGACCUCCAGCGACUGCUCUAGGGUUCAAUCCCCCAGACAAAGAUAUAAUGAAGAAGCCUCCUAGAAGAAGCGAUGACUCAUUAAUCACUGCUUGGAUCUUAUUCCGCUACCUGGUUAUAGGAUUAUAUGUCGGGAUAGCUACAGUAGGGGUAUUCAUCAUAUGGUACACGCACCACACCUUCUUAGGCAUUGAUCUGAGUGGCGAUGGCCAUAGUCUCAUUACCUACUCCCAACUUACCGACUGGGGUCAAUGCUCUUCGUGGGGAAAUUUCUCAGUAUCACCAUUCACAGCAGGUUCCCAAGUGUUCAACUUCGAUACAAAUCCAUGCGAUUACUUAAAGUCAGGAAAAAUCAAGGCCUCAACUCUUUCCCUCUCUGUCUUAGUAGCCAUUGAAAUGUUCAAUUCCCUGAACGCCCUCUCCGAAGAUGGAAGCUUAUUGACAAUGCCUCCUUGGGUCAAUCCAUGGCUUCUUCUGGCCAUGUCAGUGUCAUUUGGGUUGCACUUUUUGAUUCUCUACGUGCCAUUCCUUGCUCAAGUAUUUGGAAUUGUUCCCCUCAGCCUCAACGAAUGGCUCCUCGUAAUAGCGGUUGCUUUCCCGGUCAUUUUACUGGAUGAGGUUCUCAAAUUCAUAGGAAGAUGUACAGCCAGGUCGCGCUAUUCUGCUGCAAGAAAAUCGUCAAAGCAUAAAGCUGAGUGAUCAUACAGUAGUUGUAGCAACAUUUAGAUGCUACUUUUAAUAGACGCUCAAGUUUCCAUGAAUUCUACUUGCCCGUUUCUUCAUGUUUCAUUCAAAGCAAGCAAUCUAUUACUUUAUCGUCUGUCUGCAGUUGACAUAAGUACCAUGUUCCGCAGUUAUUACAGUAAUGAACACUAAUAAAACACCCUCAUUAACUUCUAACAGUUAAACCGACCAUAAAAACACCAGCAUCAUAAACUAGAAAAUGGGUAAAAUUCAAGUCAACUUUCUGGCUAUUUUCCUUCCCAAUGUCUCUUAAAAUCAGUA